UCGUUCAAAUGACAACAAAAUUAAAAAAACAAAUUUGUGUUAAUUUAUGUUAUUAAAUGUAAUUAAAGAGUGAGCUGCAUUAAAAAAAAUGAAAGAAUACAAAAUUUCCGUCACUGAUGAUAUUAAUAAUGUUCAAAACAAAUCAAUCGUUAAAGAAAGAGAAUCUUGGGGAAACAAAAUUGAAUUUUUUCUUGCUAUUCUAAGCUAUGCUGUUGGAUUAGGAAAUGUUUGGAGAUUCCCAUACCUAGUUCAAAAAAAUGGCGGAGGUGCGUUUCUUAUUCCUUACUUAUUGACUUUGAUUACAAUGGGUAUUCCAAUAUUUUUUUUGGAGUUGGGUGUAGGCCAACGUCUUCAAAAAGGACCUUUGCAUGCUUGGAAUCAUUUGUCACCGUAUUUUGCCGGAAUUGGUUUGGCAUCCGUUAUGGUUGCGUUUUUAGUUAGUUCUUAUUACAAUAUGAUUAUCGGAUGGUGCUUUUACUAUUUAUUUAUUUCAUUUCAAAAGAACGUCCCGUAUGCCAAAUGUCCUGUUACAACAGAUCAAUUUGGAAAUAAGACUUUAGUAGAAGAAUGCAGUAAAUCAUCUCCAACUACAUAUUUUUGGUACCGUGUUGUACUUAAUUCAAGUGAUAGUAUAGAGGAUAGCGGUAUUUUUAAUUGGAAGUUGUGUUUAUGUUUAUUACUUGCAUGGGUUGUAGUGUAUCUUACUUCAUUCAAAGGAACAUCAUCUAUGGGCAAGACGGUCUAUUUUACUUCUCUGUUUCCGUACGUAGUAUUAACAGCAUUUUUUAUACGCAUGGUUAUGUUGAAAGGCUCUUAUACAGGGAUUAAGCAUAUGUUUACUCCUAAGUUUGAAAAACUCAAAAAUGCCGAAAUUUGGCUUGAUGGAGCUUCACAAAUCUUUUAUUCUCUGGGACUUGGUUUUGGAGGUUUGAUAUCAAUGUCAAGUUACAAUCAUAUUAAUAAUAAUAUAAUGAGAGAUACAAUAAUGGUUUCCAUCAUUGAUUGCGGAACAUCAAUUUUUGCGGGAACUGUCAUUUUUGGAAUCUUGGGUUAUAAGGCCACAUUUAAUUACGAACUAUGUUUAAAAGAGAACUUAAAACAUGGCACAAAUAGAACCUGCGACCUAAAAGUAUUUUUAGAUCAGGUAGCGGAAGGUCCUGGUUUAACGUUUAUUGCAUUUACAGAAGCAAUGUCAACAAUGAGUGGGACACCAUUUUGGAGCGUCUUAUUUUUUAUAAUGUUACUUACGUUGGGGAUAGGAACAAUGAUUGGAUCUGUUGAAGGAGUGAGAACCACUCUUAUUGAUUUGAAGUUUAUUUCAUUAAGAAAAGAAUUGGUUCAUUUAAUUUUAUGUUCGAUCUUGUUUUGUUUGGGACUGCUGUUUUGUCAAGGAUCUGGUAUCUAUUGGUUACAGAUGUUUGACACUUAUUCUGCGAGUGUAUCCUUGCUAGUGAUUGCAUUGCUUGAAUCUUUUAUUGUUGUUUAUGUCUAUGGAAUUAAAAACUUUGAAGACGAUAUUGAGUUUAUGUUAGGAAAACGACCAAAUUUUUUUUGGAAAUUUGGAUGGUGUGUUACAGCACCUCUGCUAAUUGUUUCUAUUUUGAUCGCUUCAUUGUAUGGAUUAUUUUCAAAAACAAUUACGUACAAUUCGUGGAACAGCUUUCAAUUUAGAGUUGAGAAGAAAUCUUACCCAAGCUGGGGAAUCGCCUUCAGUUUUUUUCUGUUGUUUAUUUCAGUAGUAAUUGUCCCGUUAACUAUGCUCUUUGUUAAACUUGGAUGGUUUAAAAUCAAGAAAAAAGUUGACUGGAAUAAUGAAGAUUUUGAUAUGUCAUCAAAUCCUGUUAAGCCUUUAAUAAAAUCAAAAGAUGAAGAAUAGAGACUUAAAGAUUUUUUUUACAUUCUUUAAAAUAUUUUUACAAAUUUUUCAUGUAUCGAGAGUAAAAUAUAUAGAACUAUUUAUGCAGUUAUAACACAAAAAAAACAAAAAACAUCAUGUUAUUAUAUUUAUUUAGGGAUUAUCAAUGCAUGUACACUAGCAUGGGAGGCAAAUUUUA